GUUUGCAGUUGUUUUAUAUGGGUGUCACAUUAAUUAGCGUUGCUGUAAAUUAGCGAUAAACGAAAGUGUCAUAACGGAAACAGAAGUAAAUAGUAAAUUGUUGCGGAACCGGAAACGAACGCGUAUGCGGAAAAUUUUCAGAUUGAUCGCAAUGGAAACACCUGUUACAUUAUUAUGGAUCGUUAUGGUUAUUUUGGACUGGAUAACUGCUCCAUUUUUUUGGCUGAGGGAAGUAUUUACUUGGAAAACGUUACCCCCAAUUGACGAUGACCUGCUCAAAGCAAGUGCUACGAAAUUGGCUGAUAUGAUAAGAAAAAGAAGGAUUACAAGCGAAAAAGUUGUAGUUUCCUAUAUCAAAAGAAUAAGAGAAGUAAAUCCAAUAUUAAAUGCCAUUGUGGAAGACAGGUUUCAAGAUGCCAUAGAAGAUGCGAAAGCAGUUGAUAACAUGCUAAAGGAUACAACUUUAACAGAAGAAGAACUGAAAAGGAAAAGACCUCUGCUAGGAGUUCCGGUGACUGUGAAAGAAAGUUGCUGUUUGAAAGGUAAAUUUGUAAUGAAAAAAAUUGUAGGGGUGAUAUCUAUCAAAGGGCAUUUUCCAAGUUCACCUGGCAAAGAAAAUUUUUCUGAGUAUCUUGUUGUCGGGCCAAUGACGAGGUAUGCCGAAGACUUGCCCCUUAUGACCACAGUUUUAUGCGAUGACCCAUCAGUACUCAAAUUAAACGAAAAGAUUGACCUGUCGAAUCUUAAGAUAUUCUCCGUGAAAAAUGUAAAAGACGCAUGGUUAUAUCCGUCAGUAACCAAGGAAAUUCGAGAUGCUAUCGAUAACUCUGCAAAGCAUUUCGAGGAAAUUUAUGGAGUGAUGACUCGUCCAAAGCGAUUCGAAGGAUUGGAAGAAAUUUUUGAUAUGGGACUCUCCUUAAUAAUUGAAGCCAGCGAAAACGCACCAAAUCUUCUAAAGAAUCCAGACAACAAAGAUAAUGAACAGAACCCUUGGCUGGAAUUAUUGAAAGCAAUGGUGUUAAUGUCCGAUCUAACUCUUAGCGGGUCUGUUUUCCAACUGGCGAGAUGCAAAGAUGGGUUUAUGACAAAAGAAAAAGUGCAAGAAUUUGCCAAAAAGGCUGAUAAUCUUAAACAACAUAUUACAAAAGAGCUCGGUACAAACGGUGUAAUAUUCGUGCCUUCAUUUACCUCCGCCGCUUUUAGAAGCGGUCAAGCUUUGGUAAAAGGGCGAGGAUAUUUAUAUUUAAUGAUCAGUAACGUGCUUGGCCUCCCAUCGACUCAAAUACCAACCGGACUCAAUAGAAAGGGAUUACCAAUUGGUUUCCAAGUAAGUGAAAACUUUUAUACAACACAUUAUUUACCUUUAUUAUGUGUAUUGUGUAUUACCAAUUAUACUUGGUGUUGCAACGGAUUUCUGCUUCCGCUUCCGCAAUUGCAGAAGUUCCGCAUACUUCUCACAUUUGCUUCUGCGUCUUAUACNUGGAAUGAAUAUUUAAGAAAUCUAUUACACGCAGGACAAGAGUUAGGAAAUGUAUUAGAAAAACUAGGCAGAGUGGAGAUAGAUGAAUUCUGA